AUGUUAUAGGAAAUUGAAAAGAAGAAUCUAAUAAACAUUGUUACACAUAUUUUAGAAUAAGAGAGGAGAGAGAAAAUCAAAUUUAUUGAAAUAAAUUAUCGAUCCAUUAUAAAAGAAUAGCUGAAAUUCAUUUCUAAAAAUUUAUCCAAAAAUGCAGUAAAUAAAUGUAAGUAUUUAUAAUUUUUAUACUUUCUGAAUGUAAUUAUAAUUUUACUUAUUUGUGGUUAUGGAAUUAAAACAGAAAAAUUCCUAAUGAAGACUACUAUAAUUAAUUUAUUUAGAAUCAAAAUUAAGGUAUAAUAGAAGAUAUUAAUAUUACCUAUGACGGUAAUUGUUAAAAAGCAUUCGGAUAUUAAGUAAUAUUAUGAUUAAUAAUAAAUAGUAUUCUCCAUUAUUCAAAUAUUUCUGGCCAGGAACAGUUUAUGGUUGUGAUUGUACAAAAAAUUUAACAAUUCAUGAAAUUAAUCAAAUGGAUGAAAAUACAUUUUUUGAAAAGUUUUUUUUCAUUGAGAGAAUGUGUAAAUAAAUUGAAGUUGAAAAUAAUUGUAAAUCAAUACAAAACUUUAAUUCUAGAAUAUUAAGCUAAUUAAAUGAUAAUAUAGAUUUUCUCAAUGAAAUAGCAAAUUAAAUUUAAAUUUAGCUGUAUGGUCCAAAAGAAAUUAGAAAAUUUAAGAAAAUAAAACGAUAUGUGGAAAAGAUUAAUAUUAAUUUAGUUUGCCUUUUAAUGUUACAUGCCCAAUAACUAAGAUUGGAUUUCUUUAAAAUUUAGAUGAUCAUGAUAUUUUUCGGAUUCAAAAAAAUAAUAGUAGUUAUAGUAUUAUAAAAGUAAAUCAAGAAUUUUACUUUUAUUCUAUAAUUAAUUCAUCAGAUAGAUUGCCAAUAUCUUAAGUCUAAUUGACAGAAUCUGACAAAGUAUGUUUAUUAAAUUCUUUAAACAAUAUAUAGAAAGUUAGAAAUGAAUUUUAUUUAAUGAAAGUUAGAAGAUAAAAUUGUGAAAAAACAGAUACUGCUUUUAAAAAUGAAUUUAAUAUAUCAGAAGAAUAAUUAUAUUUAGCAAAUAACUUAAGAAAUUUAAAACACAACUUACCUUUUUUCCAGUCUCUAAAUAUAGAAUUGGACUUUAUAGACAAAAAGUUAUAUAUAAAUUAAUCCUGA